UGGGUGGUCUGGGGGUUACCAUGACGACGACUCAUCUCUUCCUGGACCCGAGGAUACGACAGAGACGAGAGAGGAGGACGGUGUUGUGUAGCGUCUGUCUGUUUCCCCUGAGGACGAUCCUUCCAUUGUGUUAGAAAACAUUGGCUUGCCAGAGGUAUCUCUGAUUUCCUGUCUGAAGCAACCCUCCCCAUCAGUGGAUCCAUGAAAAGAGGAACACUAGAGUAAGAGAAGAAGAAGAAAAGCUCCUACUAACCGACCCUCAGAAAGAGGAUGUGAAAGCAACCGCCUUCCUCCAUUUAGAGGGGAUGAUGAACCCAUACAGAUAACUGCCUGUAGAAAACAUUUACAAUAUCAGUAAAGAGGGGCAGGUUGGAGACCACAGGAAGUUACAGAAGCCAGGAUAUGUCAUCACUCCAGAGUUAGGAGGCUGUGAGCCUUCAGACACAUCCCUGCUUACAGGAACACUCUGAGGUCGGUCCGCUACAGUUUUGACGUCAUGGCGCCUGAGUGGCUCACACUGAUGUCUGCGCUGCUGGCGUCUGCGACCGCAGCUGAUGGAGGAGGUGUGCGCCGCUGUGUGGAGGUGCGGGCGUCCAGCCAGCUAGUGCCCGUGGGGUCGGAGGUCAAGGCCACCUGUGUGGUCCGACCGGACUGCCCCUUGCUGGGGGGAGGAGUCACCAACAUGGAGCUACGCCUUGACCGGCUUCUGCUCGCCCGUGGCCCCGUAACCCAUGGCAACAGGUCCGUCUCCAACGGCAACAUCAGUACCGUGACGGCGGUGGUCAAGCUCAACCAGAGCUCAGCGCUGCUGACCUGCUGCCUCCAGACAGAGCCCAGUCCGUCUGUCUGUCGCCUGGAGGGCGGGCUGGAGGUCCGGGCAGGAUUGCCCCCCCUCCCUCCAGGGGGUCUCGGCUGCCAGACCUACCUCACCCUCCCGAGCACCAUGAACUGCAGCUGGGAGCCAGACCCCCGGGACCCCCUGCUGAGGACCCGCUACACCCUGCACACACGCCUAGGUGUGUCAGCGGAGACCAGCAGCUACGUGGCCCCGCUUGGGGCGUGGAGGGUGGUGCUCCCCAGGAGAGCCUUCGUCCUGUACCAGGACAUGACCCUGUGGGUGACCGCCUCCAACGCCCUAGGAGACGCGACCUCUGACCCCAUCACAGUGGAGCCCCUGAAGUCAGUGAGGUUCGAGCCCCCGUUGCUAGGCCGUGUGAAGACGGACCGCAGCGGCUGUCUGUGGCUGGAAUGGAGCCUCUCAUUAAGGCAACAGUUCAUGUCGAGCAAGAUGACCCUGGAGGCCCGGCUCCGAGACACGCAGACCCCCUCCCAGACCCCCACCUGGAGACUCGCUACCGUCCAGUCUAAGCUGGUCUGUGAUCUGCUCCACGGGACCCAGUACAAGGUCCAGGUCCGGGCCUGCUACCAGGGCAGUCCCUGGAGCGACUGGAGCCCCGCCCAGACCGGGUCCACCCAGGAGAAAGCUCCGGUCGGUCGUCUUGAAUACUGGAUGAAAGAGGAUGAGAAAGACAAGCGCCAAGCUUACCAUAGUGUCCACCUAUUCUGGAAGCCCUCCAGGGGAUUCCGCCCCAACGGCAGGGUGUCCUACGUGGUAACCACGGAUACGGGGGGCAGGCAGCAGCUGUGUUCCACGGCGGGCUCCAGCUGUGAGCUGCCUCUCCGCAGGCGGGUGAAGAAGGUGUUCCUCUGGGCGCGGAACUCAGCCGGGGAGUCCGCCCCCACCCUGGUGCCCCUCCUCCCCCUCCAAGAUCGCUGGGCCGUUUCCAACCUCACUGUCAUCUCCCACGGCGACCACGCCCUGCUGGUCCAGUGGAAGACUGGAUCCGGACCUACCGGACCGGGAUUCUCCGACUUUGUGGUGGAAUGGCGGCCAUUGUUAAAAAGAAACUCCUCCUCCCUGCUCUUUGACCUGGCCAAUAGGAACCAGUCCAGUCUGCUGCUCACAGGGCCCUUUGAGCCCUUCCAGCCCUACCAGGUGUCCGUGUAUCCAAGGUUCACCGGCGCCAUCGGCCGGCCAAACACGGCCACGGCGUACUGCAAACAGAAGGCUCCGUCCUCAGCCCCGGAUCUGAAGGUGAGGUCGAUGUGGCAGCCGUCUGUGGAACUCACCUGGGAGGAGCUCCCCCUGCAGGAGAGGAACGGAAUCAUCAGCAGCUACAAGCUCUCCUACUGGGCAGACCCCAAGCACAUCACAGUGGUGACGGUGGACCCAGGUAACCCCAGGGUGCUGCUGAAAGGCCUCCGCAGGGUGACCUCCUACAGCUUCCAGCUCACCGUCUCUACCAACGGGGGGAAUCGGAGCGGCUCCGUGAUCACCUACAUGACUUUGUCCGCAGAUGCCAGUGAUGUAGGGAUGCUGCUGGCGCUGUCCUUUUCCGGUUUGUCCUUGGUCGCCUUCAUCGCCUUCACAGCCUGGCUGAGGUAUAAGAAACGGGUGACAGUUGUGUUGUGUCCGAUGAUUCCUGACCCGGCUCACAGCAGCAUCAGGAGCUGGUCCUUCGACACACUACAGGAGCUGUCGUGGGGCUGGGAGGACGAGGACCCCCCCACAGUGAGCCUGUCCCGCCUCAGCCUGACGGAGCUGUCGCAGAAGGCGGGCUGGUGGGAGGAGACCAGCGACCUGGGGGACUCUGUGUGCAGCUCGCCGCUGAGCCCCUGCGGCUCCGUGUCCUACGCCACCGUGCUCUGCGGCGCUCCCUACGCCGGGCAGCGGGCCGGUGGCGCCGCGGCAUUCCGGCGCUCCGAGUCCAGCCAGCCGCUGCUGGAGGAGGAGCGCUACCAGAACCUGGCCCCUGGGGAGCUGGGGGCCCCUGGUGAUGUCAUCGCCCACCAGCCCUUCUUCUUUGGGGAGGGGGCGGGGUCAGACGCCGAGUGGGAGGAGUUUCCCAUGCUGCGAGCGCUGGGCGACGGCUGGACCGACUCAGGACUACAACCGAAAACCGACUCAGGACUGCAACCGGAAACCGACUGAGGACUGCAACCGGAAACCGACUCAGGACUGCAUCCGGAAACCGACAGAGAAAAGCUUUGGAUCCUGACUUCUUGUUCCCUUUCUUACGGAUUGUAUCCCUAAACCUCUUUAUAGAUAUCAGUCGUCCUCUUUUACCGGGGAUUUUAAGCCUUUGAAAAUCAUUAUAUCAGAUUAAAUAUAAAUAUAAUAAAAUCGUCGAUCAUUU